UCCAGUCUAAGGCCUAGGCGAGGAGUCGUCACCAGGGGCUCAGUGGGCGAGGCUGUGUGGUUUACAGUGUGCAGAGUUCAGGCAGAAGAGACCAGGGUGAGCGAUCACAACGCCCAAGAGGGAAUUGAGAACCUCUCUGACAGGCUUCUCCUUCAUCUGCCCUUGAGCACGGGGUCCUCCCAGGCUGGGGCGGAGGGGGGCGGCAGCGGUGGGGAGCAGCGUGACCUUGAGUGGGCACGUCUGCAUCUGGAAUGCUGCGGAAAUCCGCGUCUUUCUUGGGUUGGCCAGGAAGGGAUCAGGUUACCUUCUGGUCUGUCAACGGAGGGGCUCCCCGUCGGGAUAGUCAGCCUAGGACUGACUGAGGGGCCCCAGCCGGUCUUCGGUCGGGGAGUGGGAGGGGUGCCGAGCAGAGCUGGGAAGCUCCGGGGGACCCACGGGAGGAAAGAGGCCCGGAAGAGGGGCUGGUGGGACAGGCUGCAGCCGGGACAGCGUGCGGUGGUGGAGAGCGAAGCCGCGAAGCUGGGGCUGAGGCGAAGAAACACGCGGGACCGAGACCCGUGACCCUCGGCGGCGGCGGGACGGCGGGUGGGUCUCUCCUCUAGGGCGCCACGGGGACGUGCGCGCGCCCUCGGCCUCGCGCCCCGCCCUCCCGUCCUCCCCGCGCCGCCUCCCAGCGCCAUUCCCGGAGUCCCCUCGUCCCGGCCAUGGAGGGUCUGGUGCUGCGCCCGGCCAAGUGCUACCGGGUGGUGCUGCUCGGCAGCGUAGCGGUGGGCAAGACGGCGCUGGCCACGCAGUUCGCGUGCGGCCGCUUCCCCGAGCGCUGCGAGCCGUCGGUGGAGGAGCUGUUCAGCAAGGUGAUCGAGGUGAACCGUGUUCCCGCGCUGCUGGAGAUUGUGGACACGGUGGGCGCCGAGCACCUGGUCACCCUCAAGGACCUGUACAUCAGGAACAGCGACGGCUUCGUGGUGCUCUACAGCGUGUGCAGCGAGGCCUCGUUCCAGGCCGUGCGGCCGCUGCGCGAGCGCAUGGGCCGACUGCGGGGCUCGCGCGCCGUCCCGCUGGUGCUGGUGGGCACCAAGGCCGACCUGGACGCCGAGCGCCAGGUGCUGACGGCGCAGGGCCGCGCGCUGGCCCGAGAGUGGCGAUGCCCCUUCCUGGAGGUCACGGCCAAGAGCAAGAUGAUGGUGGACCGCGUGUUCACGCAGGUGGUACGCGAGAUGGAGGCCCUGGCCCCGCCGGUGCAGGAGGCUCCCCGCAUCCCUAACGUCCUGGAGAUGUGGCCGGCCGAGAGGUUCAUUGGCUAGUGCGUUGUUGUCGGCCGGUUCAGAGCCUUUUCCAAGAAAGUUACCGAACCGUAAACAAGGGGCUGCUUCUAUAUUUUCAUCCCAAAAGGUGCUUCAAUCUGCCUACGUGUCUUUCUUCAAUGUUUGGCAAAAACUUUUGCAACUCCCCCCUCCUCCCCUCGUUGACCGCCGACGGUGCUAUAAGAAGAAACCAAAAAUGGCAUCUUUCUGUAAAGAGAAUUUACGGCCGUUCUUCAGUCAGCUUGUUUCUGAACUCCCCCACCCCACCCCCACCCCCGUCUAAUUUUUGUAAAUAGCAACUUGUGAGCUUUGGAUUGGUUGGAAGUCUGCACUAAAGUCAGGUUUUCUUCAGUUGCAGGAGGUUUUCACUCUCCUUUUUACAGCCUUGAAUCCAACAGUAAGAUUUUCCUCAACAUGAAUUCCUAAAUAUAGCUAUGACUUAUGCCGGGUUGGUUUGAAAGGGGAUACUGUAUGGGGGACAACUGUGCCCACACACAAAGAUAGCUCAGCCCUGCCUUGUAAUUGACAUUUAGUUGGUUUCUACGUCCCUACAUUGGAAAUAAAAUUAGAAGUUGGUAAUUUUUAA